AUGCCUGGCGACACGGAUGCGCGCUACGCCUUCGACACGGAGUGGUACGACGAGGUCGCCUGCCUCAAGCGCCACUUCUCGCUCCUCUACUUUGAGUCGGACGGCUCGGUCGAGAUGAUAGACAGCAAGACGCGCCGGACGUUCCUCAAGCGCUGCGUCUGCCCUGGUGUCACCCUCUCGGAUCUCCACGUCGGGUCGACGGUCACCGUCUACGCCCGCCAGCUCAAGGUGCUCGGGUACGCCGACGCCGUCACCGGGCGCCGCUUUGAGCCCGUCUCCGAGCGGACCGUGGCGUUCGUCACGACGGAAGCGCGGGCGCUCCUCGGCGAGGCGCUCGAGCUCGCUGCGGCCGCGUCGCUCGCGGUCUCCGAGCUGCGGGUGCUGUCGCUCUCGCCCUCGCAGGCCUCCUCCCUCUUUCCGCACGACAGCCGGGCUGCUGCGCGAGCGUGUGCUGGGCCACUGGUGGCCAUCGAGCUCAAGGGGGCGAGGGCGGUCUCGGCGUGGCGUGCCGCCAUCGCGGGGCGGGCCGGCGCCGAGGGCUCCGCCGACGGCGCCGAGGCGGCUGCGCAGGCGAAGCUCCUUUUUGGCGGAUCGGCGCCGCUCGCGCGCUGCGACCCUCGAGGCGGGCUGCUGCUCGUCAAGCCGCACGCGGUGCGCGGAGGGAGGCUGGGCGGGAUCGUGCGCGACGUGGUGGCCGCCGGCUUCGAGCUUGUCGCCGGCCGGAGCGCCGCCCUCUCCCGCGUCAACGCGUCCGAGUUCCUCGAGGUGUACCAGGGAGUGAGUCCCGAGGCGAGGGAGUGGGCGGAGGAGCUGUCGCAGGGCGGCUGCGUCGCGCUGCAGCUGGUGCUCACGGCGGAGCCGCAGCGCUCGGUGGCGGCGCUGCGCGAGCUGUGCGGCGCGCACGACCCGGCCGUCGCCGAGCGCAUCCACCCAAAGUCGCUGCGCGCCCGCUACGGCGAGGACAAGGUUCGGAACGGAGUGCACUGCACCGACCUGCCCGAGGACGCGCCGCUCGAGGCCGAGUACUUCUUCAGCCUGCUGCCCUGA